GAACGCUACGAUAAUAAGUCGCGCCGCAUGGGUUUCAGUGACUAUGGGAGAAGGCGUGUGAUAUGCGUGGUAGUGUGUUCGGGUGACUUCCCCUGAAACCUCAUUAGGUCUUCGUAGGUGUUGCUUCGAAUCCUGCAGGGCUACUGGCACCGAAGCACCGAUUCCUCCAUGAAAAAUAAUGGUUAUAGGUGCUGAAGUGCGAGCAAUUCAUUCUUGCAGCUUCGUGGAAAACAAGUCUUGUUGAAGCAGCGAUGUCUCUCUCUGAAUGCGACUGUAAAUAUUUUUUUUCUUCUACGGUGUGUGUUUUAAUAUUAAGAUCAUUCAUCGCCGCUUUAGGUGCCUACGGUUGUAAGGCAGUUAUGCUUGCCAUCUCAUCAGUGAUGUUUAUUUUUUUCAGGGUAAUAAGAAGAACCUAUAGUUUCUGGAAUGGAAAAGGAGUUCCAUAUCUGUCUUUUAUCGACUAUGUGAAGUUGGUAUACGAUAUUUUCACGAAGCCCUUGCCUGAGGUGAUCUUGACAAACUAUCGCCGGCGUGGCCGUUUUUAUGGCUCCUACGAAGGGUUUGUGCCCACACUCGUAGUUGGGGAUCCACUGCUCCUGCGAGACAUCUACGUAAAGGAUUUCAAAUCCUUCUCGGACAAAAGAGUCUCCAAUGCCACGGGAAACCCCUUGUGGGACCGGAUGAUGUUAAACUCCCCGGAAGAAGAGUGGAAAGCUACAAGAACUAUGAUGUCGCCUGCAUUUACAACCAGCCGACUGAAAGCAAUGAUUCCAAAACUUAUCGCUACGUCCGACGAAUUCUGCAAACGACUGCUGCUGGAAGGAGAAAAGACAGGUGCUGUUGAAGUUUCCGAAAUGUUCGAGUCAUACGCCAUGGAUACAACGGCAGCCCUGGUCUACUCUCUAGACUUGAACACCCACGAAAAUCUCGACCAUCCUUUGGUAAUAUGCAGCAAGGGAUUUUUCAGAAACCUGGGUGGAUGGAAGAUGAUCUUGUUGUUCACCAUGUCGAGAGUCUUCAAAUUACUUCCGUUGGAGUUUCCGAGCAAGAAGGGCACCGAAUACGUCAAAGAAUUUACGAGACAUAUGGCGCAUCAGCGCUGCGCUUCGAAAGAGAAAUUUGAGGAUGUCCUUCAACUCUGCCUCGAUACUGUGAUGCGUGAACGGAGCCCUGACAACUUCGAAAUAUCCGAAUCAGAAAUAGAAGACAUCGCAGCGCAAUGCAUGCUCUUCUUCAUCGGCGGCAGUGACACCAUCACGAUAACGUUGACUUGGACGGCGUACUCCCUCGCCUUACACCCGGAGUGUCAAGAAAAGGUGAUCGAAGAGAUCGACAGUGCUGUAAAACAGAAUGGCGUCACCUACGAAUCUAUCAAGGACAUGCCAUAUCUGGAAGCUGUCAUCAACGAGUCUUUGCGCUUGCACACACCCGACUCACUCUCAAUAAGAAGAUGCACCCAGGAGACUUCAGUGGCUGGUAUAAAAAUUCACCCCGGAAUGUCCAUUGAAAUUCCGAUUCACGGCAUGCAUCGCGACCCGGAAUUUUUUCCCGAACCCGAUUGCUUCAAGCCAGAAAGAUUUCUGCCAGAGAACAAGGAGGCUCUUGUCCCGUACACGUACCUGGCGUUUGGUGCCGGGCCCCGAAACUGCGUCGGACAGAGGAUGGGAAUGAUACAAACUAAGGCGACGCUUGCUUGUCUUCUCCAAAAGAUCAGAUUUCAGAGGUGCAGUGAAACCCAGGUGCCCUUGAAGUUACAGGCAAGAUCUUUGGCUCUGCAAUCCGCUGAGCCAGUGAAACUGAGAUGUGUCCCUCGCGUUCGAUGACGGACAAAUGGCGAAGGUAAAAGCCGGGAAGCCGGAAGGAAUGUUCCGGUUUUAAUACGUUGUGGAAGAGGUCACCGAUUAUGCUGCGCGAACAGCUUAAAUUUGUAUCAUCCAUCAUUGUUGUGUGAGCUCAUUCCCGGAAAUAAAGAUAAAUAUAUGUUUGCUAAAAAA